UCAAUUACUAGAGUGUCAGUUGACAAUCAUGAAUCGUGCCGUGCUCUACGUUCUAAUCGUCUUGGUUACACCAGCGGCGUUGAUAAGCGAUGACGUUGGUCGCAUCUCUAAUGGAUUUAAUGGUGAUACGGCUAGUGUUGUCAUCGCCGAGAAAUACCCUUUCAUAGUUUCGGUGACGUUUAAUGAUAACCACAUUUGCGGAGGAUUCAUCUACAAUUCUAGAUUUAUCGUUACAGCAGCCUCUUGUGUUUUCGAUAAGACCACCGCUCAAAUUCAAGUAACGAUAGGUCAACUGUCCCUGAUCCUUCCAGAUCCAGGAGAGAUGCGCCUUCAAGUUAGGGCGAUUUAUGUUCACGAAAAUUACGACAAUAUCACUAAAGUCAACGACAUCGCUAUGCUUGAGACAUCCCAGACGAUAGAAUUCAAUGCAAAUGUCAAUUUUACGUAUUACGACACUGUUGGUGAUGGUCCUCUUGCCAUUGUUAGUGGAUGGGGUGCAGUUGACGAAUCAAAAGUUGUGUCUACCAAACUACGGGAAGCUCGUGUUUAUCCGCCUAUCAACUGUGAUUUGUUUCCUGCUGACGUCUACGAUUCAAACUUCAUGUUCUGCUGGGGGCAAAGCGAGGAUGACAAUGGUAUACGUCCAUGUCAAUACGACGAAGGUUCACCUCUGUUUAAGCCAAUCUCACCCACAACAUAUCUCGUUGUGGGUAUCGUCUCCAAAAAUUUGGGGUGUGGUGACAGCGAAAUCUUUGAAACCAUCUACACUAGACUAUCGGCUUACUACGGUUGGAUGCUGAGAACUGGUGGUCCGCAACCUUAAAUCCCAAUGAAAUGCAUGCAUUUAUUAUCCUAUUUGAAAAUCAA